AUGGAGACAUUUGAGAUGUUGGCACAUUAUUUCUUUCUCUCGACAUUUUAAAAUGUGAGUUCGCAUUUUCAAAAUAAAAAUUCUCUUCGAAAUUUUUGAAAUUUCAGGCAUAUCAAAGCUAUUGUUUAUAACAAAACUAGAAAAUUGGCUGGGAAUACUGUGGAUUUGGAACUUGGAGAUAAUGCGACUGUUGCUGAGGUUAGUGAAAAAAAGUUCAGCAUUAAAAUUAUUUUUGUACUCGAAUUCAGAAUUUAAAAAUUCCGAAAUCUUUGAAAAUCCAAAAUGUUCGGGAUUUUGGUUUCGAUCAAAGCUCGAGAAAAAUUCUUUAAAAAUUUUGCGUGAAUUUGAAAUUCUGAAUCUCAAAUCUCCUUAUGAGAAAAACUUUUUCCAGGCAAAAUCAAAAAUUGAAGAAUUGACAACAGUUCCAGCCAAUAUGCAAUGGGUUAUUUUUGGAAGUGAGUUCAUUUUUUCCUUUGAAAAAAUCUUUAACUACAGUGGAGUUUACAAUAAAGUUAUCUUUUAAACAAUAAUUCCUCUUCCAACCUUUUCAGAUUAUCUUGUCUAUAUCUUGAAAUUUCCAGCCCUCAAACUUGAAGAUUCAAAACUUCUCCGCGAUUAUGGAAUUCGUGAUGGAUACACAAUCUACUCAACUCCAACAAUAGUCGAACAACCAAAUAUGCCAAAUCUUUAA